AGGGGGCGCAGUCGCCACGUGUCUCAGCACAAACCUCGUUCAUUCCUCCCUGCCCCACGUGUGUGUCAGACAAGUCCUGCACAUUUAAGAUCUACGGCUAAAAUAUGAAGCGACCGAAGUUAAAGAAGGCGAGCAAAAGGGUGUCUUGUGCCAAGCGUUACAAGAUUCAGAAAAAGGUCCGGGAGCAUAACAGAAAACUCAGAAAGGAGGCAAAAAAGAAAGGAAUCAACAAACGUCCUAAAAAAGACCUUGGGGUCCCAAGCAGUGCCCCCUUCAGAGAGGAGGUCCUGAGAGAGGCCGAGCAGCGAAGACUUCAGAUUGAAGAAGAGAAGGAGAAAAGAAAACAGGCCAAAAAAGAGGAGAGGGCCCAGAAACGAAAGAAGGAGAAGGAGGGAGCAACUAAAGAAGCAGAGCCCAAAGUCAAGAAGGCUCGAAAGGACGAAGCUGAAAGAAAACAGAAAGCAGUUGAGAAGAACUCAAAACAUUAUCUUUGUUCAGAGUUAAAUAAGGUAAUAGAUGCGUCAGAUGUUCUUAUUGAAGUGCUCGAUGCCCGGGACCCUUUGGGCUGUCGGUGUCCACAGCUCGAGGAGACAGUUCUACAGAAAAACAAGAAACUAAUUUUUCUAUUAAAUAAAAUAGAUCUAAUACCCAAAGACAAUGCAGACAAGUGGCUCAAGUGUUUACAAAAGGAGUUUCCGGUCGUUGCGUUCAAAGCAUCUACACAGAUUCAAGACAAAACUAUGCAGGAGAAGAAAAGCCGCAUCACUCCUUCAAAUGGUUUGUUGGACAGAUCGCGAGGAGCCACCUGCUUCGGACAAGACUGUCUCUCAAAUCUGCUCACGAGCUUUUAUACCACCUCCAACAGAGAGGGAGCGUUCAAGGUCGGACUUGUGGGUUUUCCAAAUGUGGGAAAGAGCAGUGUCAUCAACAGUGUAAAGGGAGUUCUGGCCUGUAAUGCUGGAGUGAAGAGAGGCAUCACAAAGUCGAUGCAAGAAGUACACAUUCUGAAGAACAUAAACCUGGUCGACAGCCCUGGGAUUGUGGCCCAGGACUCAAACCCGGCCCCAGCUCUGGCCCUGAGGUCUCUGAGGGUCGAGGAGGGACUGGAAUCUGAACUACAGGCAGCAACAACACUGCUCAAGCACUGUGAUAAGACUCAGGUCAUGCUGCAGUACACUGUCCCAGAUUACAGAAGCCCUCUGGAGUUUCUCACAAUGUUCGCCAAAAAACGUGGAUUUCUGCAGAAAGGGGGAGUGGCCAACACAGAACAGGCAGCGGCGGCGUUUCUGGCUGACUGGACCGGUGCAAAGUUGAGUUACCACUGCAAACCUCCAGAGAAUGCUCCUCUCCCUUCGUACAUGUCUGAGGAGACUGUGGCUGAGAUGAAGAAGGGAUGGGACCUCAAGAGAAUAAAAACAGGAAAUGAAGAAACUCUGAAAGCUGUGAAGUUUCCAAAUCCAGCGAGCAGCAUCAGUUUUACCUCCAGAGGACCGACAGCGGGACUCCUACAAGUCACUGAGAUUAGGGUAAAAGAACAAGAACCCAAAGAGGAGGAGGAAGAUGGAGAAGCAGAUGAAAAAGAGGAGGAUGAGGAGAUGGAGGAGGAAGUAGAUUUACAUGAAGAGGAAAAGAAGAGGCCACAGAAAAAAGUGACAAUUGCAGAACCUCUAGCUCUGGUCCGGCCUGUGGUGGUGAAUAUCUCCAACUCCACUGCAGACGACGCUUACGACUUCAAUGUGGACUUCAAAUGAACCAAGAGCCAAAUGUUCUCCUCACUUAGACAGUUAUGAAAAAAGGACUUUGUUAAAAAAUAUGGACUUUUCUAUUGUCAGAAAUAGAACAUACCACAGCUGUUUUAACAUGUUUGCAAUAUCUUUAAAUGUUGUAUAUAGAUUUGACUAUAAAAUAAAAACUAUGUAAUGAUGACCAUUGAUUAAAAAGUACUUAAAUCAU